AUGUCAAAUCAGAAUUAUUCCCAUCCAUCCAGCACCACUUCCUCAUCAUCAUCAUCACGAGGAGGCACGACUGGUGGUAGAGGUGGAGGAAGAGGUGGAAGAGGAGGUCGUGGUGGCUAUAACAAAUCAAAUCGAGGAAGAGGAGGAUAUAAUUCUUUCCGUGGUAGUAGUAGUCAUCAUGGUAAUGGCAAUGGAAGAGGAGGAUAUUCUUCUUCUUCUUAUCAUCAUCAACAACAACCUAUGAAUAAUUUUCCAAAUAGCCACCCCCACAGUGAGAUGAUGAUGAUGAACUAUCCUUCAUCAAACUACAACAAUUCUAUUGAUAUUCAUCCACAUGAAGAAGGGAAUGUUGAUCAUCCACAAUAUGAUAUUCAAGGUACUCAUGUCUUCGAGGAACCUCUUCAAACCGAUUUUUCAUCAUCAAUGGCAUGGCCUUCCUAUACGAGUUUAAACCAAAUGUCAUCCCAACAGGAAUCCUUCUUGCCUCAACAACAACAACAACCACCAUUCCAAACACAACACGGCGGAAUGCCUCAACAACCACCCCCAUUCAUGCCCUUCUCUCAAAAUCCAAUCUAUGAUGGUGGAGAUCCAUCCUCGAAGCCUGUGAUUCAUCAUCCUUACAUGUCCAACGAUCCAAAUGUUGUUAUGAAUAAUAACUCUCAGAACAAUCCACCGUAUUAUUCUCAUCCUUCAUCAUCAUCUCAAAAUAAUAAUACCAAUAAUUAUCAUAAUAGUAAUUAUUAUUAUAAUUCAGAUUCAUAUGCACAGCGACCACCACCACGACCUCACUAUCGUCCACCUCCUCCAUCCUCCAAUACUUCCAUGAAAGGAUUGUCAGUGGGUUAUCAACAACAAACAUAUUAUUCUAAAGGAAUUCGAUUGCCUGCUGCUCAAAGAGAUUUAUUGAGCGAUUGCUCUACUUAUUCGAAUGCAAGUUCUUUCGUUUCUCAAGAUCAACAGUCUGUGGACAGUAGCUCGUCCUUUUCACGACAAGAACAGACACAAGCUGUUAGAAUUAUUGGAAUUCCAAACCAAAUGUCUCUUCCACAUUUUCUGUCGCUUCUCAAGUCAAAUGUUCCAAUUUUGGAAGGUAAUAUCAAGAAUGAACAUAUGAUUAAGGCAAUCUCAAACCCAAAGUUUCCAGAUACGUAUUACAUUUUUCUUAAUAUUCUUAAUGGAAGGGGUGGUUUUGAGGCCAUUAGGAAUCACCUAGACGAUUCUCGAUCAUCAGCUAUUUAUGGUUCUAACAUUUCAGCAUCCUUAAAAUUCAAUUAG